AUGAAAAAGCUUGAAUCAACAAUGAUGCAUAACAUGGCCGUAGAGCUGGGGACGGUUUCUGACGACGUCGCCAGUUCUGCGGCCAUGGGGAAUUACAAGGAUCUUGAAUACGGCGAGCGAACACGUCACGCCGACAGCCCGCUGGUGCUGCGACAAGCACAGCUGCUUGGCCUUCUGCUGCUUGUCUCCGCGGCAUUACCCUCCACUUCGCCUACACUUGAGGAGCUGGCGCUAAUGUCGGCCUCCGCCUCCGUCAAGUACCCGCUGGGCGCCGAUGUAUUUCGUACGGGCUUUAACUCUGACCGCGAGGACGACUGGAACGCCGUGGAAGAAGUCGAGACUAAGGCGCAGGGGGAGCGCAUGUUUGACUACGCGGGAGCUGGGGCCUCUAAACUCUGGGAGGCGGACGUGACGGAGGCGGACGCGCAGCCUCGACGCAACACGGAUGAAGACGAGGAGGAGGAAGAGGAGGACACUAACAACAAGAAGGUGCGGGGGGGGCGUCGCAAGACCGCUGAGGUUGCUGCGGGCCAAGCGGUGGACGGGGCACAGGUGGAGGCUGCCACGCCAGGGACGCCGCGAGAGAUGCUCGUGAUAAGUGAGGGUCAACCAUUGAUGCCCAUCGACGCAGACCACCACAGCACCGCCAGCGGCAGCAGCAUCGGUGGCAGUGGUUCCUCCUCACACUUGCCAAGUGACAGUACCUGCACCUCCUUCGCCUCCACCCCGCGCAGAACACUGCAUCCACCAGAAGACAUUCCGAGCCAUCACCGCCCCAGCAUUGACUGCCGCCUUGAAGCCAUGAACAUUGAAGAGGGGGAGCGCGGGGGCCGUUUUGGGUCGCUGCCGGACUCCGUACUGCUGCCCAUUCUGUUGUUCUUGUCCUUCCCCGAGGUCAUCACGCUGCUCAGCACCAACAAGCGCCUCAGUGAUCUUGUGCGCGGGAUGUUUGGCGUAAACGAGCACGGGGUUUUCUGCAUUCCUGCCUUCACUGGACAUCCGUCCCCGUCAGGUCGCUACGGCGGCCAAUUCGCCACAGGCAAGACCCACAGUGAGGGCAACAAGCAGGGUGUCACAGGGGCGCCGAAGAAAACCAUACGUCUGUUUUUUGGGCAGCAGCGUCGCGACAAUCACCCGUCCUCGCUGCGGCAUUUGCUGAAUUUUCUCGUUCCAGACGUGCUGAUCCCUCAAAUGGAGGCUCACACGAAUGCGUUGAACGGCCGUGGGAAGGGAUGCACAUGGGUCUUCGUCACCUCGCAGGAGGACGCCAAACGACUGAUGCAGUUUAACAAACUCAUCUUCCUCGACGUGAACGCUGCCGGGAGCGAGGUCUACUUGGUGGCCCCACCGCGUAGCAAGGCGUGGAUUCAGGACCACGCGGAGAGCGUCGGUGGAUGGGCUACACGUCCCAUGUACCUUCCGCGCCAGCCAAUGGUGAUUGAAAUGCCGGAGAAGCCGUCCACGAAGCGCAAGCGGAUAAAGUCUCAGCUGCAGAAUCAGAAGGACGCGCAAAUUCAGCAGGUGGAGACGGAGUGCAUCCGGAAGCUUGAAAGCGUGCACGGACAGCAGGAGGAGCAAGACUCUCAAGAUGGGGUGUCCCAUGUUAAGAAGGAAGAACAGCUGACGAUGGCGCCGUCUCCUGCAGCAGUGUCGGCGGAAGCGGAUGUGAACACAACCACCCCGCUGUGGGGGGAGAACCAUGACGCGAAGCACGCCGUCGAUGAAGCCUCCUCUUGCAACGCCGCCUCGCCGCAGCUGCAACACACACGGGGAGGCACAGUGGAGGCGUCCGCAUCUAUCCUUACACAGUGGAACGCGGGGAGGUGCUCUCACCGACGCCAGCACAACCCCUACUCCACUGUCUACGUAUUCUACUCGAACGAGUACACAACCACCGUCUGCCUAGACGGUGGCCGCUACCGUCACGACCCGUACAUAUACAACCCACUGUGGGAGCCGGCAGAGCCGCAGAUGCUGGCUGUCAUCAAGGAGCAGGCGUGGGUUGCGUAG